UCCUCCAGCAGGUGUCAGUAAUGAGCAACAACAUGACUACCAACGAGAACACCACAGAAGAAGAAGACGUCACCGCCUGGUCGUGUAGUCUGAAGCUCUCUGAUGGAAACUAGUCCACAUUUAUAAUAUCCCGUCAGCGGAGAAGUGGGAUCCAGGUGGACUGUGCAUAGGAAGACAUCAACACAGGGGUCCGACAUGGCUGCUCCAACAUUACAACAGCCCAGUUUCCUGCUGGCCAAUCUGAAAGCUGAUUCGUCCACCAAACCUCUCCUGCAUCGAUGCCAAGACCUGGUGAAGAUCAUUGAUGAAUAUCCUGCAAAGGAGCUGCAUGUGAUUUUCCCCUGGCUGGUAGAGAGUGUGUUCGGCAGUCUGGACGGCAUCAUCGCUGGCUGGAACCUGCGACUUCUGCAUUCACGGAGCAACGAGUACAACAUUGUUCUGGAGUUUCUAAACCCCAGUGGGCCGAUGAUGAAGCUCGUGUAUAAGCUUCAAGCAGAAGAGUACAAAUAUGAAAUACCUGUCAAUUAUCUCCCGGGUCCUGUGAAGGCCUGCAUCCAGCAGGGAGUCCUCCCAGACUGUCCGCUGUUCCACAACAAGCUGCAGUUCCCCCUCUCUGGUCUGCUGACUCUGAACCUUGCUCUCAAUCCAUUUGAAUUCUUCAUGUUCAAUUUUGCCUCCUGUCUCAUCACGCCAAAGAGCUACCCUCAAGGCCAACAUGGAAGCUCCACUGACAGUGCCUACUUUGUGCUCGUGGACACUUACCUCAAAUACUUCCUCCCCACUGAAGGAAGUGUACCGCCUUCCCCUUUCUCUGACUCCAGAGGCUCUGUCACUGCACCUUCACCGAGAUCUUCCAGUGUUUCUUUUGCUGGUUACGGCGUUCACAGCCCCAGUCUCCUGAAACACCACAUAUUCCAUCAACCGUCAGUUAACGCAGACCCCGCAGCCCAGGAGAUCUGGAGGUCCGAAACACUGUUACAGAUGUGUGUGGAGAUCUGGCUCCAUCACUACUCCUUAGAGAUGUACCAGAAGCUGCAGUCUCCUCAGGUGAAGCUGGCGCUGCUGCAGUACCGCCUCAGUAUGUCCAGCAUGCCGUGCCAACCUUACGCCCCACCAGGCUCUGGGACCCUCCACACCUACCAAGUACUUUUACCUUUUCAUACACCCCCGCCCCUCUGGGGCCUCCUGGAGGAACCCUUCACCCCGACCGAGGAGCACGUGCUGGUGGUGCGUCUCCUGGUGAAACAUCUGCAUGCCUUCUCCAACAGCCUGAAGCCCGAGCAGCUGUCCUCCUCGCCCUCAGCACACUCGCACACUCACACCAGCCCGCUGGAAGAGUUCAAGAGAGUGGUGGUGCAGCGCUUUGUGCAACAGAAACUCUACCUGUUUCUCCAGCAUUGCUUCGGUCACUGGCCUCUGGAUGCUUCGUUCAGAGCGGUUUUAGAGACAUGGCUGAGCUACAUCCAACCGUGGAGAUACACGGGGGAGAAGACCAACCCUCAGCCAGACCAGAACAGAACAGUACCUGACAAAUGGGAGUCGUUUGUUCAGGAGAACCUGCUCAUGUACACGAAGCUCUUCCAGGUGUUGUUGAACAGAGCCGUGAGGACGGAUCUGGUUAAUGCCAAAAAUGCACUGAUGGUCUUCAGGGUUGCCAAAGUCUUCUCUCAGCCAAACCUCGCUGAGAUGAUCCAGAAAGGGGAGCAGUUGUUUCUGGAGCCAGAGCACGUCCUCCACCACCGCCAACCCCGCGGCUACCUGACGCCGAGCCAAGGAGGCAGCUUCCUGUCGUCACGGCAGCGGGUGGUGACAGACAUGGUGUUCAGGGUGAAGAGCCACGUCUAUGCUUUGGAAGGCCAGGACUGCCAGUACAAACAGAUGUUUGGCACUGAGCUCAGAGGAGCGGUCAUGAAGUUAAUCCAGAUAAUUGCACAAGCCAGACAGACAGCCAAGAGGAUAUCGGAUCACUCCAACGAGGUGGCGGCCAACAACUCGUUCCUGUCCUGGUUUGGGAUGGGCCCUUCUGAUCUCAACAACACCUUCUCCGGGGGCGAGCCAGAGGAGAGCGGUGAAUGUUUGAAAAAGACCCACGAGUUCCUGGACAGAGCUUUGGAGAACUUGUGUCAAAUCUUCAAGCUGAACCAAGGGCAGCUGAGUCAGCUUAUAUCCAACCUGGGCUCUUCUGAGGAUGAUGGCAACUGCAAGCAGCUGCCAGACUGCGUCCAGGGAGAGAACGGACUUAUUCUAACUGACCUGGGCAGGAGUCAGAUCAUAAGUGGUCUGCGCAGGUUUGACAUUCAGUAUCAAGGAGACCCAGAGCUCCAGCCCAUUAGGAGCUAUGAGAACGCCCUGCUGGUCAGGCUUUUCUACAGGAUCUCUUCUCUGGUUAAUGACCGGUUCGGAGGGCACAUGAAUGCGCUGUGCUCACGUCCAGACUUCCUGGGUCGCCUGGGUCGUCACUACUUGGCGGAUCCUGAUUCCGGCACAAAACUGAAGCAGAGCCCGUUAUCCCGGCGGACGUUAGAGAGGCACCGCCAGCCGAGGUUGAGCCUGCGUCUGCUGGCCAGCUACAGGGUGAUGCUGAUGCUGCUGCUCUUCUACGUCUUUGGAGCCGUCCUGUCGUUUGGCCCCGUAUCCAGCACUCUGCUCAUCCUCACAGGGGGGUUCCUGUACGGACUCUUCAUGACGCUGUUCGGAGACAAACUGAAAACACACUAGCCGAGCCACAGGGGUUCCUACACACGUCAGAAACAUGCACAUACUGAAUGUGAUCAGGUCCAAAUUGGAAUGUUUUGCAAAAAAGUGUGUGACGUCUUGAGUGGUCCCAUCAAUGUAUGACGAAUUUGUAUGUUAUUGAUCUUGGGCUGCAAUUAACGAUUGUUUUAUAAUCGAUUAAUCUGCCAUUGUCGUUUUCUCAAAUAAUAAUUUUUCAAAUCUAAUCAAGUCUAAAAUAUUAAAGAGGACCUAUUAUGCUUAUUUUGUGUGCAUACUUGUAUUUUGGGAUUUACAUGCUUUAAUGUUAAAAAGACACAGCUGCAGCACCUCUUUUCACCGUCUGUCUGAAACGCUCCGUUUGAGCUCCGGCCCCGCCCCCCUCCUGAAAAGCCCAGUCUGCUCUGAUUGGUCAGCUGGUCCACCGUUGUGAUUGAUCAACCAAAUCAAACUCUCUGGACUCUGCUCGAACUAGCUUUAUUUGAGGGCGUGCCAAAUUAGCUAGGCAAAGUGUGUUACUUGGUGACAUCACCACGUUACGGAAGAAAAGGCAAGCGAGACGUUUGAGGCAGUUCAGGAGCAGUGUUUCUUUGGGGAGAGUAACUUCCUUUUUAUGUGGACUUUGGGUUUUGUAACUUUGCAGACCUUUUACAUGCACAAAAAACGAUGUAACACACUAAAAGAAAGGGAAGAAGCACAAAAGCAUAAUAGGUCCUCUUUAAAUGUGCUAUAAUGUAAAGACGAGGAUAAACAGCCAACUUUCACAUUUUAAAAGCUUAAACAUGAAAAUAUUGGAUCUUUUAAAAGAAGACUUAAUAUGAUUAAUUGAUUAUCAAAAGUUUCCGAUACAGUUUCUGUGGAUGGACUGAUUAAUUGACUUAUCAUUGUAGCCGGAUAUUGAUCCCUGUACAGAUGAAAUAUAUUAGCUUGUUACCACCUGCUACAGCGAAGUCAGAGCCAGAGUCCACGUUGGUACGGAAUAAUCCUGUUAUCCUCAUGAGGUCCACAGUGAUAUGGCCUACUAUAGUCUAAUGUGUGGUCUAUUUCUGAACAUUGAACAGACUCUGCAGGUAUCCAGGACUCUAAAGGGACAGCAUUUUGAAACGGGCCGUGUAGGAACCCUGUUGGCAGUAGACUGGCAGCUCUUUUUUUUUCUUGCUUUUGAUAUGACUGCUUAACUGUUUUAAAUGUGGCUCAUAAAACCCUGUAAAUAAUUACAGAGCGUUGGUGCUCUGUUUUGUAGGGCGAUUUCUUUUGUUCAAAAAGCAUCUGAAAACAGGUGCAGGCCAAAUCAUCCAAUGUAAUAAAACUGACUAUUUUUCUCAUUGAGAGCUGAAUGCAUUUUUGUCCAAAAGAUUCAAUAAACCGUUGCACUAGUUUGUAGUUCA